AUGGGCCAGACGGGAAAGAAGUCCGACAAGGGGCCUGUGUGCUGGCGGAAGCGAGUCAAGUCUGAGUACAUGCGGCUGAGGCAACUCAAACGGUUCCGGCGGGCGGAUGAGGUCAAGAGUAUGUUUAGUUCCAAUCGUCAGAAAAUUGUGGAAAGAACGGAGAUUUUGAACCAGGAGUGGAAGCAGCGAAGGAUACAGCCUGUGCACAUCCUGACUUCUGUGAGCUCUUUGCGCGGGACCAGGGAGUGUUCCGUCAGCAGUGACUUGGAUUUCCCCACACAAGCCAUCCCCCUGAAGACGCUGAAUGCAGUCGCUUCGGUGCCCAUUAUGUACUCCUGGUCUCCCCUGCAGCAGAACUUCAUGGUGGAAGAUGAAACAGUUUUACACAACAUUCCUUACAUGGGGGACGAAGUUUUAGACCAAGAUGGGACCUUCAUUGAGGAGCUAAUCAAGAACUACGACGGGAAGGUGCACGGGGACAGAGAGUGUGGAUUUAUCAAUGACGAGAUCUUCGUGGAACUGGUGAGCGCUCUCAGUCAGUACAGUGAUGACGAUGACGAUGGUGACGAGGACGACCCUGAUGACAGGGACGAGAAGCGCAGAGACCUGGAGGAUCCCCGAGACGAUAAAGAAAGUCGUCCACCUCGGAAAUUUCCUUCUGAUAAAAUUUUUGAAGCCAUUUCCUCCAUGUUUCCAGACAAGGGCACAGCAGAAGAACUAAAGGAAAAGUAUAAGGAGCUCACGGAGCAGCAGCUGCCUGGGGCACUGCCCCCCGAGUGCACGCCCAACAUUGAUGGGCCCCAUGCCAAGUCAGUGCAGCGGGAGCAGAGUUUGCACUCGUUCCACACGCUCUUCUGCCGGCGCUGCUUCAAGUAUGACUGCUUCUUGCACCGUAAGUGCAGCCAGGCCUCCUUUCAUGCAACACCUAACACCUACAAGCGGAAGAACACGGAGACUGCUCUUGACAACAAGCCCUGUGGGCCCCAGUGUUACCAGCAUCUGGAAGGAGCAAAGGAGUUUGCUGCUGCUCUCACAGCUGAGCGGAUCAAGACGCCCCCGAAACGCCCUGGGGGUCGGAGGAGGGGGCGCCUGCCCAACAACAGCAGUCGGCCCAGCACGCCCACCAUCAACGUGCUGGAGUCUAAGGACACAGACAGUGACCGGGAGGCCGGAGCAGAGACGGGCGGGGAGAACAAUGACAAAGAGGAGGAGGAGAAAAAGGAGGAGACAUCUAGCUCGUCAGAAGCAAAUUCUCGGUGCCAAACACCAAUCAAGAUGAAGCCAAAUGCUGAGCCUCCAGAGAGCGUGGAGUGGAGUGGUGCUGAGGCCUCCAUGUUCCGUGUCCUCAUCGGCACUUACUACGACAAUUUUUGCGCCAUUGCGCGGCUCAUUGGGACCAAGACGUGCAGACAGGUGUAUGAGUUUCGAGUCAAGGAGUCCAGCAUCAUUGCACCUGUCCCUGCUGAGGAUGUAGACACGCCUCCCAGAAAGAAGAAGAGGAAACACCGGCUGUGGGCUGCCCACUGCAGAAAGAUACAGCUGAAAAAGGACGGGUCCUCCAACCAUGUCUACAACUACCAGCCCUGUGAUCAUCCCCGGCAGCCCUGUGACAGCUCCUGCCCCUGUGUCAUCGCACAGAACUUUUGUGAGAAAUUCUGCCAGUGCAGCUCUGAGUGCCAGAACCGUUUUCCUGGCUGCCGCUGCAAAGCACAGUGCAACACCAAGCAGUGCCCCUGCUACCUGGCUGUUCGUGAGUGUGACCCUGACCUGUGCCUCACCUGUGGGGCUGCAGACCACUGGGACAGCAAGAAUGUGUCCUGCAAGAACUGCAGCAUACAGCGAGGCUCCAAGAAGCACCUGCUGCUUGCACCUUCGGAUGUGGCGGGCUGGGGCAUCUUCAUCAAGGACCCGGUCCAGAAGAACGAGUUCAUCUCCGAGUACUGUGGCGAGAUCAUUUCUCAAGACGAGGCUGACAGGAGAGGGAAGGUGUACGACAAGUACAUGUGCAGCUUCCUCUUUAACCUCAACAAUGACUUUGUAGUAGAUGCAACUCGCAAGGGCAACAAGAUCCGCUUUGCAAAUCACUCUGUCAAUCCAAACUGCUACGCAAAAGUGAUGAUGGUCAACGGGGACCACAGGAUCGGCAUCUUCGCCAAGCGGGCCAUUCAGACCGGGGAGGAGCUGUUUUUUGACUAUCGAUACAGCCAGGCGGAUGCCCUGAAGUACGUGGGCAUCGAGAGGGAGAUGGAGAUCCCCUGA